CGCAGGAUAAUUAGCCGACAUACCAAAUUUAAUAAGCCCGCAGUCAACAUAAAUCGACGUUGAUUGUUGGUAAACGUUGAAGAGGAACGGAUGAAUUUAACCACAAAGGCACGGUCACUGACACUAGCACCAACAAUGGACCAGCAAUUUUGUUUGCGCUGGAACAACCACCCAACCAACCUGACAGAUGUGCUUGCAAGCCUAUUACAACGAGAGGCGCUUUGUGAUGUCACACUUGCUUGUGAUGGGGAAACAGUCAAGGCACACCAGACAAUACUUUCAGCAUGUUCUCCAUAUUUUGAAAGUAUAUUCUUACAAAAUUCACAUCCACAUCCGAUAAUAUUCCUAAAAGAUGUGCGGUUAUCAGAGAUGAAAUCACUUUUAGAUUUCAUGUAUAAGGGUGAGGUGAAUGUUGGCCAAAAUAUGCUACCAAUGUUCCUAAAGACUGCUGAAAGUUUACAAGUUAGAGGUUUGACCGAAAACAACACAUUAAAUCCUAAGUCUGAGGAGCGGUCGACGCCGUCCGUAAGUGCUGAGAACCUAUCAUCACGCGGGGAGUCGUUCGCGACGCCGCCCGCGGCACACGCUCCGGCCGCUCUCACGCCGCUGCCGCAACCGCAGCCGCCAACAGCGCCGCACGCGCCCCUACACGCGGUACCGCCCGAGAAGCGACGCAGGAAGAACUCUGCUGUGCCCCGUGAUGACAUGGACUUAUCCUACCGCCACUAUGAGGGUCAUAUAAAAAACAGUGUGGUAAAAGGCGGGUCAACGGGCUCAGGUUCCGAGCCGUCGACGCCCCCGCCCGCGCACGCGGGUCGCUUGACGCGAUCGCCAGCGCACACGCCGCUCGUGAAACAGGAGCCCGACUCGCCCUACCCCGCGCCGCACACGCCCCACGCGCCGCACUCGCAGCACCACGCUCCCUACGAUCAGACGCACCUGCCGGGAAUGGGAGUAAAUGAAAUGGCCUCAAUGUUGACCCAACAUUCUAUGUCGAACGAGUGCAAUGAAGGUGAACCCAUCAUGCAGCCACACCCUGACCAAACAGACACCAUAGAUGGCUCGAAGGGCUGGCACAUGCGGCUGACGUUCGAGCGCGUGGCGGGCGCGCUCAACCUGCACCGCUGCAAGCUGUGCGGCAAGGUGGUGACGCACAUCCGCAAUCACUACCACGUGCACUUCCCGGGCCGCUUCGAGUGCCCGCUGUGCCGCGCCACGUACACGCGCUCCGACAACCUGCGCACGCACUGCAAGUUCAAGCACCCCGCCUACAACCCCGACACGCGCAAGUUCGAGACGGCCGCGCCCGCGCCGCACGUGCCGCACGCGCCGCUCUUCGCCAACCACCUGGACGCGAGCUUCGACUGAUUGUCCAUGUACUGGCUCGGCCUCGACGCUCUGUGAGCGCGCGCCCGUGCCAGACGCCCUCGCGUUGCGAGGCGUGCUACGGACGCCUCCGAACGUUUUCCUAUUUAGGAUUAAGCUAAAGUGCUAUUACUUAAGCGGGCCUUAAAUUGAGUUCUUAACUCUCGUUUUAGUAUUGUCUCGGUUGUGCAUUUGACUUGCCCCAGUGUGACUGUAUAUGACUCCGCGUAGGGAAGUAUAAACAGACGAUUCCGCGACGGGAAUAUACCUUUAGUCGAUGUUACUAAGAUGAUGACUCGAAGCGUAUGUAAGUAGGUAAGCAAAUUUUUUCUAUACCAAUCGCUAUACGGGAACGGGCAAAAGCAAUAAUAUGAUGUUAAUUUUAUUACCAUAUUAUUUUUUUAUAUUGUAUCGAUAGAAUUCUUAAGCUAUUUAAAUAUACACUAUAUCGAGUAGCGGUGCGACCGCGAAGUGAUGCUGGCUAUUGCGGCCCCGGACGGGCCCACACGUCUUGUUAUAUUUAUUCGUUAGAUAGGAAAUUAUGAGUUUCCUGUAGCUAAUUAUAUUUAUGUUAUUAUAUUAUCCUAUGGGUGGUGCGGAACGACAACGGAAGGAUCGGGAACUGGCAAGAGAUUGUGAUCUGUCGUCGGUCAACGACAUAUAAAUAUUGACUGAAUCUCAGUGUAGAUGCAUUUGUAACUCUAUGAGGCCUUUGCGAGCUGGAUAAUUAUUAAGGAUUUGUGAUGUAUUAACGGAUAGCGCCUAAGGAAACAUACGAAAAGAUUUUUAUACUAGACUAGUUGAUCUAUUUACGGAGAUUGUUUUUUAUACUUAGAUAUAUUCUAUUGUCUGAUUUAAUAUAAUUUUAUAUUUAUAUAACUAUGUAAUAUGAUUUAUUAGUGUUGUUUGUUUUUAUUGAUUCAUGAUAUAGUAACAUUGAUUUCGUUUAUCGAGUCGAGUUGUCGACUAGCAGUAUACUUGAGAUGUUAACAUGUUUUAUUAUUUUAUCGUUGGUAGUUUAGUUGUGGUAAGUCGCUCGGUGCUGGAGGUCAAAGACCUCUCAAUUACUUUAGGGUAGGGAGGAACGAUUCGAGGUUGCGCAUUUAGUAACUAAUAUUGGCAUUCUACAAUUGGGACUAACCUAGCGUUUACGUAUGUAUUUUUCAAUUUAAGAUUUAAGAUUGUUACAUUUUUAGCUAAACACUUUAGAGUGGUACGGUAACUGAAAUGUGAUAAAAUGGAAUGGUGCUAGAACCAAGAGUGUUAACACGCUACGAUUCGACUCCUAUUGUAAUAUUAAUGUUUUAAUGAUUAGUUACUCUGCAUUAACGUAAGGCAUCUAGCAUCCGGCUGAGGUCGCAUGGCAGGACUCUGUCAACGGGUAUAGGAGCGUCUGUCGGACGCGUUAGAUACAAUACACACUUAGAGAUUACAGUAUCACUCGAGAUUUUAUCUUAAUUUUUUCGGACCUCUUCAAACUUACUAAUGUAUCUAGAUUGUUAAGCCGAUUGUAUAAAUCAGAUCUUACUCUACAAACACGUCCAAUGUUUGUGACUGUGAGAAUCGACCGCAUCCAAAUAGUUAAACCGUGAUCGUUUCACAUAUUUUCUAAGUUGUGGCAUUAGUGCUGUUUAGUAGCUGUGAACGUGCAAACCACUUGUGCAAUUUUUUAAAAAUAGUCAUAACUCGUACCUAGAUUAUACAAUUUGUCUAUUGAAUAUAGGGGCCCACUUGAUAUAAGCACUAAGCUCCUUCGUUCCUUUAUCGAUAAAGUUAUAUUUAACUACCAAACGUUUCUUCCACAAAGAUUUAUAUUUAAUUUUAAGAAAGUUAAAGAUUUUUAUAUCUACCGUUUCAAUGUAUAAUAAUGUGGGCACUUAUCAUUUGAUGGCAUUUCAUACUCAGUGCAAUAUUACUAGUUAUUUAAUAACGUAACCAAACUAAAGGAUAUUUUAAAAUAAUUAAUGUUUUCGAAAGAAAGUAACUACCAAUUUGUAUUUACAUAAGUGAAUUCCUAAUUUCUACUUCGUAGCAACGCAGUUUGGGUUACGGCGAUGUACAGGUUUUAUAGCUGGUAAUAUUAAGAUAGCUUGUUUACCUCUGCCAAUCGUCAUAGUUAUGUACUGUUUAUUAAUUUAUUAUCGCGCGAGUUAAGUAUGUUGUUGGAAUAGAUCAUAGCUAUCCGGUAUGCUGCGCCCGAUGGGGGGGUACAGAGUCGCUUCAUCUCUUGAAUGCAUUUUUGUAUAUUACUAUCACUCGAGACCAAUUUUUAAAUAUUGAAUUUGCUAUAGCAAAUCGAUUAGUAACAUAGAAUAUUAUUUUAGAUAUUUUAGGUUAGGAUACUAUGAUAGUGUCUGGCCAAAAUAUUUUGGAGUAUCACAUCGUUUGGCUCAGAAAAUAUCUCCCUUUGAUCUCUUUUCAGCUUUCAGAAAGUCUGCAACUUAAUAUUGUACGGUGACCACGCAAUUGAACUUAAUGAAAGCUAACUUUAUGCCAUAUGGAAUUUACACAUAAGGUUAACGAAUUACUAAAUUUAGUCUUAUGAAAAUGAGGUCUUACGGACCUAGUCACUUGUUUGGCCAAUCUAAUUGAGUAUUCCAAUUUAUUGUAUAUUAUUAAAAUUGACCUUUAUGUCGCAAAACGUGACGUAUAUGAUUCGGAAUCAAUGGAGUGCAGGAUGAGCUCUAUGGUUAUUUUCAGGAUAGCAAUGGUCUAGUUAUGUUUUAUUUUGUUUCUUCUUUGUAACAUUAGCCAAUUUGUUAUAGUGUCGUGUAUCACAAUAGUUUUAUACUAAUAGGGUCGGGGGUGUCAAAUCGUGUACCUUAACAGCUGUUUAUCAGUCUUGUUAUAUUUUUACAUGAGAUUUUAUGAACGAUUUGUUGUUUAUGAGUAUUUUAAAUGUCUUGGUUUGAUGCCUCCAUUAAAAGUUUAAUUUAAAUAAUUUUGUUUUAUGCAAGCAGUUAAUGCAAUUUUUAUUUCACAUUGUUUGAUGUUAUGUAAUGCAAUUUUAACAUGUUGCAAACUCCUGCAUUUAUCUGUUGUAUUUAUUACUAAUUUUUACAUUAAAUUGUGGUAUGUUACAA